UGAAAACGUGAAGCCUGCUUAUUUUCUUACGAAUUUAAGUUAAAUUACGUUAUUUAAAUUAAGUUAAAUUAAGUUUAAUUACGAUAAAUUUAUCUUCCUCAGUUAUUAAAUUGUGCAAAAACUCGUGCAUCCAAAAUGGAGGAUAAUAUGGACGAAGAUCUUAAAUUAUUUAUUCAUACUUUUGAAUCCAUGCCCGAAUUGUGGAGCUCCACAGAUCCAAAUUACAUGAAAAAAAAUAAAAGGAUGGAAGCCUUAAAUAAAUUAUUGCCUUUGUACAAAAAAAUAAAACCUAACGCGGAAAUUUCCGAUGUCAGGAAAAAAAUAAAUACAUUAAGAUCAAAUUUUCGAAAAGAACUUAAGAAAAUUGAAUCUUCGAAAAGGUCUGGAUGUGGUACCGAAGACAUUUACACUCCGUCGUCAUGGGUAUUUUAUGCUCUUCAAUUUCUUGAUAAAAUCGAGCAGCCAUUCGAAACCCACUCGUCGAUUGAUGUGGAAAACGAGGAAGAGGAACAGGCUCAAGAAACUACAAACAUAAUUCCAGAGGACGAUGUUAUCACUCAGCCUUCGACUUCAAUAAAUUACAACAGAAAAUCCAAAAAACAAAAAAAAUGUAAUAAACAAUCAGAUUUGCUGAAUUUAGCGUGUGAGUACCUGACCAAGGAAAAAGAAGGAGAUUACAAUCUUAACUUAGCGAAAGUUUGGGCUACAAAAUUGCAAAAUUUGGAUGCGUCCCAAAAAAUACUUGCCGAAAAGGCCAUAAACGACAUUUUAUUUGAGGCUACAAUGGGGAAUCUGCAUCACAACUCCGUUAAAAUCAACGAGCCGCAAUCUUCCUGCCUCCAUUCAUCAAAUCCUUCCCAAAUACUGAACGGAACCCUUCCUAGUCCAGUCCAUGUCCCUUCUACCACCACCACUUCCCCCCAAAAAAUUAUGAUUUUAAACAAUAAUAACAAUUAUGAUCCAAUCGAUGAUAACGGCAUUUCAUCAAAAAAUAACUUGAAGGACUACUAUCAUACAUUUUCUGAAUAAAAUAAAAUUUUGUAAAGUGUAUAAAUGCCUAUACAUACUAAUAAAAUAUUUUACUAAUUGAA